UUCAGAUUAUUCGAUAUAAAUAAAAUUAGCAACACUAUUGUAGAACUAUUAACUAGUUAGAAAUUGUUAUAUAUUUUAUGAUUAUGAAACACGUCUAACCAAAAAAACUCACCACACCUGUCUUCAACUUUAAUUCGCAUUGUCAACAGAUUUCAUAUCAUUAAUGUGUCAUUAUCGUAAGGAAACAUAAUAUAGUUGGUGCCAGCAAAAAUAAUAUUGAAACGAAAAUACUGCAAGGAAAUAUGUAAAUUGAAUUUAUAAGUUAAUUUUUUUAAUAAGAAAUAUGUAUUCAUUGUUGGAAAAACAUUAAAAUAAAGAAAGAACAAUGGUAAAUAAUUAACAGCACAAAGAAGAAAACUAGAAAAACGUUAAAUUUGCCUACCUUAAUGUUAAACAAUAAACUAAGGUUUUUUUUGGAAUUGUAAAAGCCACUGAUUAAUUGAGCAAUAUAAUUUACUUGCUGAAAUAUAACAGCGUUCAUCAACUUAUAUCUGAACACACCCCCUAAUAAACUGAUUGGACAAUUUGAGUGCAAAUUAUUCACACAAGUACAAAGUAAUCAAUGAGUAACUAUCGCCAUCACAGCGGGUAUUGUGGUAUAGAAGUAAGAGAUAUGCAUCCAAGAAUUCAUAAUUUUACGUACGUUAGCUCUUGCGUAAAGUAUAUGAUAUUUAUGUUAAACUUCAUAUUCUGGCUUUUUGGUGGACUCCUGCUUGGCAUUGGUAUGUACGCAUUCAUGGACAAAUGGCAUUCAACAGGCUGGGUACGUUUAGAAACUUUCUAUGAUGUUAUAUUAAAUAUAUCGCUUGUAAUGGUUAUUGCUGGAGUAGUUGUUUUUGUUGUGAGCUUCGCUGGCUGUUUGGGUGCUCUACGUGAAAAUACUUGUCUACUGAAAUUUUAUUCUAUGUGUCUUUUAUUGUUUUUCCUACUUGAAAUGGCAAUUGCAAUUAUGGGUUUUGUAUUUCCUCAAAAUAUGAAUUCAUUCUUGGAAGACAAAUUUACUGAUAAAAUAAUACAUUCCUACCGUGAUGAUCCAGAUUUACAAAAUCUAAUCGAUUUUGCACAGCAAGAGUUUAAAUGUUGUGGUCUUAGCAAUGCUGGCUAUCAAGAUUGGAGUAAAAAUGAGUAUUUUAACUGCUCCUCACCUUCCGUUGAAAAAUGUGGCGUGCCAUAUAGUUGUUGUAUUAAUGCUACCGAUAUAAGCUCAGGAUUGGUCAACAUAAUGUGCGGUUAUGGAGUACAAGAGCAUUCAGUUGCAGCUGCAGGUAAACGCAUUUGGACAAACGGAUGUAUUGAAACUGUACGUUUAUGGGCUGAGCGUCAUCUUUAUACAAUCGCUGGUGUUGCGUUAAGUAUCGCUCUGAUACAACUUUUUGUUAUAUACUUAGCCAAAACAUUAGAAGGACAAAUUGAACUACAAAAAUCACGUUGGGCUGCGUGAGUUAACUAAUUAUCGUUUAGCACAAACGACAUGAACUAGAAAAAAGUUGUGCAAAUCAAUUUUUUAAGUUUUUAAGUUUUUUUGAAAGGCAAUUUAUAUGUAGUGCUAAACUGUCUGUACUGGUAACGUUUUAGUUAAUAAGUUUAAAUUUAUUUAAAAAUGCAUUAUUAUCUCGACAGAAAUAUAUGCAUUUAUUACAAUAUAAGACUUCCAUUAAACUACAUUUAGAAUUUCAGGCUCAAAUAACACUAAGUUAAAUCCUUUCAUUCGUUUUUAUUAAAUAAUUAUAUACCAAUGUCAAUUGUUUUGUGGAUUGCAUUUUUGUACAAAUUUUAAUACUACUGAACAUUAUUUUUUUUUGUUUAAUGUUUCCCCGUAUUAUUUUUAUGUGUUCGUCUUUUUGUUACUAAAUACUCGAUUUAUUAAUUUUAUUUGGUGCUUUGAAUGUUAAUAUGAAUGUUUAAUAUGGUUCUAUUAAUCAUUUUUAAUAUAUAUAUAGACUUUUA